CCAAGUCCUGCAAACUAGGUUCCGGUCUUCGUGAGGGCUGGAGGCGCAGGAAUGGAGACCAAGACUGGGGACGCGGGGUUCACCCGCAGCCCGACGCUAGCUUCUUCGUGGGAUGCUGCCAACGGGGCGCUGACCCAGAGCCUCCUUCUUACCCGGGCUGGGCUCGGCGCCCAGAAUUUCGACUGGGAGGAGCUUCUGGCGCCGCCUGCUCCUGGCCAGGAUCUGGUGAGCUUAAAGAGCAGCCAGAGCCCCCAAGGAGGAAACCCCUGUUUCCUUUAUCUGAUGAGUGACCCUAAAGGAAAAGAAGAAAUCGAUUGUGUUGGCCUUUUGAGUUCAGCAAGAAACAUGGAAGUGUAUGUAGGAGAGGAGUACUGUGGAACCAGUAGGGGCAGCAGCGUCUGCACCGUUCUGGAUAGCAGUGAAUGUGAUAAGAUCAUUUUGUAUAAAAAAUACCUAAAAUUGGAACCUUCAACACAUGCAUGUAAAAUAAAGUUGCUGUCCUUUGGUGAAAAGCAGUGUGUGUUCAUCAGUAAAGUUGUGGUGCAUAUGAGACCGAUUUCAGCACAUUCUUCACCAGGCUGUCCUGCUCUAGGAUCAAGGAUAAACCUUGACAAAGUCCAAACCAUGAUGGAGUCCAUGGGGUCAAAGUUAUCACCUGGAGCUCAGCAGCUAAUGAACAUGGUUAGAUUUCAGCAGCAGAAUUGUGUUUCCAUUGGAGAACAGCUUCAGUCAGUUUUGGGAACUACUGGAUUCGCGCCCAUGAUUACACUCCAGUCAUCUACUUCAGGACCCUUGGACAGGUCAUCCUCCACAUGUUUUCCUUUUAGAACUGGAUUGACAUCUACAAACAUGACUGAAAAUUUAAAGGCUUUCAUUGAUAAAAGCACACAGCCACCUGAUGAAUUAAGUACUACAAACCAUGAUGAGUGUAAAAACCAUUGCUUUCUUGAAAAUGAUCUUAAAAAUGCAGUGUCUUCUUUCUUACCAAAGAAAGCAAGUGACAACUCAAAUAUGCCCAACUCUGAGCUGCUGCCUUUUCUCCAGAAUCUAUGCAGUCAAGUUAACCAUCUCCGAGUGGGACAUAAUGCUAAGUUGCAAGAACAUACCUCCAAGUCCCAUGAAGGAAUUGUUGGUGUUUCCGUUUGCUAUCUUCUGCUGCCAUGAACUGUUGCCUUUCUGGCACACCACCAUGCUUUGGAGUCAGCUAAUGAGGACUGAAACCUCCACAAACUAUGAGUUAAAUAAACCUUUCUCUCUUUAAUUUUGGGUGAUGGGUAUUUUGUCUCAGUAUCGAGAGAAAAGUAACCAAGAUAGUUACUGAGGAACUUACCAUCUUCCAGCUUUAUUUGAAUCUAUAAAUUUUAAAUAGUUAUUUUUAAAAAACCCUCCUUAGUGUGUAUUAUUCUAGGGUAGUGAUUCUCAAACUUUAUUCUCAAACUUACUCUAAAAAAUAAUUGAGGAAAAAAAAUUGAGGACCCCCCAAAAAAACUAUAAGCAGCCAUGUAAAAUAUUUGUUUUAAAGGUAAUAAAAAAAUAAAGUCAUUAUUUUUUUAAAAAUUGUUAAUAUAUAUAUUAACAUAUUUAUGUAAAAAUUAGCCAAAUUCUUUUCUUAAGUUAUAAUGAGAAUGACUUAAUAUAUAAAAAUCUGUAUUAGUAUCCAUCUGUUCUGAUACAUGUUGUAUUUGAGAUGUAUAGUCAAGUAUAGCACAGUAGAAAUUUAGAGAUCAAACUGAGUUAAUCUCUGAGAAAGCAUGUAUUUAUAUAAUAAGCUGUAUGAAAUUCGUGAUAAGUGAAUUCAUAAUUAAAAAUUCUAUUAGUUACUAGGAGCAGUAACUUUACACAUUAUGUUACAUCUGGAAAAUACCACUGUAUAGUCACAAAGUAAAAGGAUGGAAAAGUCAAAUACCAUCUUCCUGUUAGUAUAAAAAUACUGUACCCUGAUUGAAACCCUGAAUGACUACUGGAAACUCCAGGAUUUUGUGAACCAUCUUCUGAGAUUCAUCAUUCUGGUGUUCACUUGAAAUUUAGAAAUGGGUGUGGGAUCACUGUGAGUUUGAGGCCAACCUGGGCUACAAAGUAAGGUUAAGGCCAGCCUAAACUGCAUAGCAAAACCCAUCACAAAAGGAAAAGAACAAAAAAAUAGGUGUUACUGUUUUUUUUUUUUUGGUUGGUUGUUUUCCCAUCUUACAGUCUUCAACAUUUUCCUGUUGGGUUAAUAAAGAGCCUUUCAGUAUUUUAGUAAGCUUGUUUGUAUAGAAGAAAAACUGCUUGAAAUUAUAGGGUUACUUGGAAAAUAUGUAUGUUCAAUUGUUAAAAAAUUGGACUAGAUCAGUUUUAUUUAGUACUCAGAAUCCAAAAAGGUUUUUUCUAAAGUUUUUCUCUUUAAAGAUUCAUCUUAAGUUUUAUAUUCUCACUUCAAUUAUAUGCUGAAUAAAAAGAAUUAAAGAAAUAAAAAUGCAGUGGACAUUCAGGGCUGUAGCCACCUGUUGUGUAAGUAGUUUAGAAUCUCAAAAAAUGCUGUAAGGAGAUGGUACUAUUGUGAAUGUAAAUUUUAGUGAUACAUAUUGCUUGCUUAUUGCAUAGCUAGUUUUACUUGCAAUACUGGACAAAAUUGAUAUACUUUUUAAAAUUUAUUUUUAGAAUGGAAGAACAAACCAUUUUCUCCUACUUGGAAAAGAUUCUUUCUAAAAAUAUGGAGCUGAUGGAAAGGAAACU